AUGAGCUCCCAUCGGGGGAUUGUCCUGACCCUAACGCUCCUCCUCCUGGUCUCAACAUGCCAUGCCCUCCCUAGAAAGCCUGCCGGACCGAGCCUAGCCGACCAGUUCCUUGCCCCCCACAACGUGGCCCGUGCCGCCGUCAGGAUGCCACCGCUCGUGUGGGACCCAAGCCUCGUGGGCUAUGCACGCCAGUGGGCCUUCCAGAGGCGGCGAGAUUGCGCCUUGAGGCACUCGAACGGGCCCUAUGGGGAAAACAUAUUCUGGGGGAGCGGCACGGGGUGGAGCCCAGGGCAGGCGGUGGCGGCGUGGGCCUCGGAGCGGCGAUGGUACGACUACAAGAGCAACGGGUGUUCACGGGGCCAGAUGUGCGGGCACUACACGCAGAUAGUGUGGAGGAGCACGAAGAGGGUCGGGUGCACUGUGGAGGUGUGCUCCAGCGGUGGCGGCACGUUCAUGGUUUGUGAGUAUGAUCCGCCUGGGAAUUACAUCGGAGAGAGGCCUUAUUGA